UUUAUAAAUAACUCUUAAGUAUAUAAAUUCUACAAGUGUUUUACGAAUAAACUUUAUGAGUAUCGGUACAAGCAGCUGGCGUUCCCCGAUAUAGUUUUAAAAGAAUUAAAGAUAAACCUGAGAAGCAACAGAUGCAAUUACGUUUGUACCAAAAACCAUGUCACUGACGUCAUUCUGAUUGCACGCACUUAAUCAUUUGUUUUCUUGUGUGACAGUUUUUGUUGGAGAAUUGUAUUGAAAAUUUAUGAGGUGAUGGCUGAAAACACUCGCCCUACACGGAUUGGCAGGCAUAAUCUCCCUUGGUCCAUUCAACAAAUUCACCAAAACUCUCAUCAAAUAGCAUCUAGUGCCACUCAACAUAUCCAUGAGCUUCAUGAUUAUGUUAUCCAGGGCCUCAGCCCUUUAAUCACUUCUACAAAUCUAAAUUCUGCUCGGAACUCUCCAACACAUUCUGCAUGGUUUGAUACUCUGGACAGGACAAAUCCACACCCCAGAACCCCCAACUCGUCAUCUUCGGGGAAUUUUGUAAUCGACAUAGAGUCUCAGGACAAUGAUUCUUAUGAACUGAGUAAUAAUAAUGGAUCAACCAUUAACUCUUUGAUAGCCAGUCCAGAUUCUGGGGAUGCUGGCAACAGGUCUGGUGAUUCUGAUCAAGGAACAAUGUUGAGAAAUUCUCCAGAAAUACAGGCCCUGUUUGCAUUCUCUGAAAAAUAUAUUCCAUUCAUUCUUAUUUUACUCCUUAAACUCAUGUUUGAUCAUAGAAUUGGUAUAUUAGUAAACCUUGGACUCUUCAUUACUUUUUUUCAUGCCAACACAGUUGUGAAACGAGAAGUAGCAAAGCAGGGUAAACGCCGAAUUAGGAGUCUGCUGCUUGUGUUUGUAAACCUUGUGAUGUCAAUAUUGGUUAUUUAUACAAUUUUAGCUGAUCACAAUUUAGCUUAUGCAUUGGUUUUUGUUCCACCUUAUUCAUCUCCGAUCGAUUUAUGGGAUGUUUUGUGGAUAGUCUCUGUGACCGACUUUGUGUUGAGGUUAAUCACAAUUCUAUUCAAACUUGUCUUUGUUGCACUUCCAGCAAGAUUGUUGGCAUACCAAAAGAAGGGAAAGUAUUACUUAUUCUUGGAACGUACUUCUCAGCUUUAUCGCACAAUAGCCCCAAUGCAGCAUUGGCUGUACUUCUUUUCAGAAUCUUAUUCUGGUCCAAGCAAGGUGUUUGGUGUCAUUCUCUCUGCAGCCUAUUUGGUUUUCAAGGGUAAAAGCAUUGUAAAAAAGGUAAACUUGUGGAAGAAAACACUCAUUCAAGUGAUUCAGAGUAAAACCUAUGGUGUAACCCCAUCUUCUGUGCAGAUUAAAGAAGCUGGAGAUGCAUGCCCUAUCUGCCAAGAUGAUUACAAAUCUCCAUCUAUGCUGCAGUGUAAACAUAUCUUCUGUGAAGAAUGUGUUGCCCUGUGGUUUGACAGAGAACGUACAUGUCCUAUAUGUAGAGCCCAGAUUGCUGAUGAUCCAACUUGGAGAGAUGGAUCCACUACCCUCUUACACCAGAUAUUUUAAUAUGCCAAACCAAUAUUGCUGUGAAAACUGGUCAUUUGUUAAUAAAUUCCUUUUGUUUAC